CCCACAUGCGCACGCUCCUUUAACCCAGGGUUCUUGAAGUCUGCGCCUAUGGCGGGAGAGUUGCCGGUGUAGAAGGAUCCCGGGGCGUGGGUAAAGGACGUGAAGAAGAUGCAGCUGCAAGGAAGAGCAUGAGCAAGGGUCACCGGGCUGGGAAAAAGUCACAUGCCCUAAUCAACGUCGAAAACCCUGGCACAUGGCUUCUUUUCUGGUAAAAUCUAGCGAGGCGAGAUCCAUGUGGCCUUGUGGGUGGGUGUGUGUUCCUGCUGCGACUAUCAUGCCUCCGGGACAAAGCGAGACCACCAAAGACAUGGGGAUCGUGGAACAGGUCCGAAACCCCAGAUUUGGACAUGAACGACGCGGCCUAAGCGAGUGGCCUAGUCUGACUGACGGCCCCAUGAUUGGGCUCAUCGACUGUGACGGCGUAAACAUUCAUCCCGUGGGUUGCUGGUCAUGGCCAAUGCCACUCAAGUGCGCUUUUCACCGACCACCGAGGUCAUUCAGCCGGGCAGAGAGAGGCAGGAACUCUGUGCGGAAACUUCCGCUUGCCUUUGCGAUGACGAGGCCUGUUAGACGAAUCGGCCCGAGGCUCCUAUCGACAACUAUAGCCCCUGGAAUAAGACUCUGUGACUUGGAUCGCGAGUGGUUCCCCAUGGGUCUCCUAGGCCGGGCAAGACCGGACGGCCCCAGAGCAUUUCUGGGGGUGGGAUAGCCCUAACAGUACUUGGGUUUGGCCAGAGCAGGGUGUGACAACCAGAAUCUGGACAAACACUUGGAAUGAAUUGCCCAAAAUGGCAACAAGAGGGGCCAAGAGGCUUGACCAGCCGAGAACACGUAUCAAGGACCAAAGGGUCGGCUCCGAACCCCGCCGUCAGCAUCGUGCUUGCUCCGGAACCUGCUUGGGUGGAAAUUGAUGAUUGGAUAGCAUGGGCUGCCGGCCCUGUCACCACGUCAGCAUGGUGGACUUAUCUCGAGUGGCUUCGGUUGGCCUGUGCCGCAGAGUAAGUGGUCGUGGCUCGUAUGGGCAGUCACUGCAGCCAGAGAGGGCGCCUUUGAUGAGAGUCUCAAAAGAAAGAGCAAU